UGGGACAUUCCGCACCGAAAGAGACUCACAACUUCACCCAGGACAGGACACUAUUAGCUGCACCAUCCGAUAAGAGGUUGCGCUAGAGCGUAUCUGUGUUUGUUUUUUUACUUAGUGAAACGCUUCCAGUGUCAAUUUUGACAUUUGGCAGCCUAUUUGAAUGCUGCAUGAGUUAAUUCCUCCAUUCAACCCUGGAUAUAACCGAAGAACUCACGAGAUGUAGAGUUGUCUACUGGCAGUGGCACCUGAGUGGCGGUCGGCUAAUUGUUAGACCAUACUGUCAGUGUAGACUUUUGCGGAACGGAGAGGAGUCCACAAACCGAGGAUUACCUGUUGGAUACUUUUACUAGUGCUGUCACAGGGAAAGGUGAAACGGCAUGGCUGUGGACGCGGCCUCCAGUUUCAGUUUCUGCCGGCCUGCUGUGGAAUACAGAGCGCUGCCGGAGGACUUCAACCACCUGAGUCGACGGACAGGAGGGAACCUGACUUGGCAUGACGGGCGGGGUCAGAAAACAGCAGGGGGCCGGACAGUGAAGCUGCUCCAACAGCCUGGGACAGAGAAAUAUCAGCGCCGAUCAGGCAACUCCUAUGGAAUCUACCACACCAGCCCCACCCAGCCUAGUCUGAUCCAGCCUGUGGUGUUAUGGACUCAGCAGGACGUCUGCAGGUGGUUGAAGAAACACUGUCCUCACAACUACCUGACCUACGUAGAGGCCUUCUCUCAUCACGCCAUCACAGGUAUUAACUAG